CCGUCAGGCAGUAGUUUCUGUGUUUGCGCUUCAUUUAGAUGAUCAGAAAUACGUUACCUUUGUCGAGUGUGUUUAGAGAAUCGCUACGUACAAAAUGACGCCGGAAAAGAAAAGACGUCCCGUAACGAAGGUACCCAAGGGUCCUAGCUCGCCGAAAAGUCAGCAGGACUGCGCUGCAGCUGGAUCUUCCUCGGAAAAUUCGUCUGGUGAGUUGGUGAUUGAUGUUCAACCGGAUCCCGAGACCCGUAUUCCUACGAUUUCCGGAAAGGAAAGUGAAUUAAAAAAUGGUAUACCAAAGCGUGUGCUUCGGAGAAAAAGAAGAAAAAUGUCCUUACCCUGUGAUGAGGAAGCAGUGUUUGACGAAAAAUUUGAAGAAACGAUACGAAAGUCCGCGACUAAAAAUAAUUUAACACCAAUUUGCGUAAAAAAACUACUAAAGAAACUAGUUAUGAACGACCAUGUAUUUGCUAUAGUGAGGCUAAAAGAAGAAGAGGAGCAGGAGAAGAAGAGGAGAAAUUCUGACACAAAUUCUACUGAAGCAGACGAUGGAGACGAUGAAGACGAAGAUGAGGACGAGCGUACUUUUCCAAAGCUUACAAGACUAAAGGCAAAACAGCUCAAUCAAACGAUCUUUCCCCUGGUGCCACUCAAUGCACCGGCAACCGACAAAGAGGUGGCUGCAUUGAUACGUGAAGAUCUGAAUUCCGACGAUGACGAUGAGGAGUACAAGCCCGGCGAGGACGACAUACCUUCGGAUGAUGAUCCGAACACUACCAUAUCGGACAUAGACUCGCAGCCUCGAACGCCAGCAACGAUUGUGGCCGUAUCGGGGACCGAUAAUGAUGCUGAGUUGAGGUAUACAAAGGAUGGUCUUUUCAAGAUACCCAAACCGCGAAACGACAGCUAUUGUUCGCAGUCGGAACAGGAGCAGGAAAACAUCGCAUUACGGACGCGCUCAAAGCUAUGCCUAACAACGACCGACAUUGAAACGUUGGAAUCGACUUUCGUUCCACCGGAUAUUACGACAGAUAUGUACGAAUACGACGGUGAUAUGGAUCAGGCGUGGAAGGAUUUUUUAGAAGAGUUUACCAAACCGCUGCCAAAAGAUCUAGAAGAGGAUGACGAUAAUGACCCGGAAUAUGUCGCGGCAGAUAUGCCGGUUCCAUUGGACGCUGAAGAGAUGCGUCCUGUGAAAGUUUCGAAAAAAGAGCUGAAUGAACUUGUGUCGGAAUUGAUGGAAAUGAGCAACAUAGACGAACCGUAUUUGGAGCAAGCGCUAAAUGAAACGUUAAACGAAUCUUUAGGCUGUGUGGAAUACGACUGCAGGUCGGAUAUGCUGAGGACGCCGUUGCCCGAACCAUCCCACCUUCAAUCUGCACCGUCGGCUGCGAUACAAUCAGAACUCCCUGCAGUAACGGAGAAGUAUCCUGUGAUAAUGCUGGAGGAUCAGAAUCAAACAUUUGACUCGCGGCCAGCAAACUGUGAUGGUACAUUAUUAAGGACGCAAGACAUGACAAUGGUGGCACCUGACUUUACUUCGACACCGAUUGUACAUCGAAGCGGUGUAGAUACGGUUAAAGAUACUACUUGUGAAAUUACCUUUCGCGGAAAUGACUCGAGCACGGAUGUUAUGCCUCAAACGGUUGAAAGUUCACAUUUUGGGCAACACAUUUCGUUUCCCUCUACGAGCACAAUUGAUCAAUAUGACAGAUUCUUCAUCCAAUACUCGGUUCCGGAGGCAUCGAAGCCAUUGGGUUCCUACGAAAACUGGCAUAACUACCAUACAGUGCAAGUUCCCGUCAAAUUGGAGCUGUUGGACGAGCCGGUUGGGUUUAACGAGUUUCAACUACAACUUUUACAACAGCAACUUCGUAUGCACGUUCAACUUACGACUCAGCAUUUCUUACAAACUUACGCCCAUCCAUUGUUCUGGGAGUCCGCAAAAACGUUCAAAGACAUGCUCGUAGAGUUGGAAACGGUGUGUAAACCUAAACCUAAUGUACUACCAUGGAAUCUACCGCUAGCGCUCGAGUGCUGCCAAAGCUGGGAAGAGGAGCUGGCGAGCGAGAGUGAAAGCAACAAGUUGUAUAUUAAAUACCUCGAUGAAUCAAUCGCGCACGCUGAAAAACUCCAACUGGCCCGUUCCAAGUUUCACCAGGUCGAUUUUCACUGGCGUAUAAAGGAAAAAAUACUAACAAGCAAAGCCUUCCUGUACCCAGCACUAAUUCCAUACAAGACGUUUCGGCUUACUCUGGAACAGUGCAAGAACGGACGAUAUACCAAGAACGAAGAACAUUUGAUAGCCUUCUGGUUUCAACGGGCUACCGAGGAGUUGAAAGAAAAGCGUAACAUUCGCAGGUCAAUUAAAUUUAAGGACAAACCUACUAGUCGAGAGGUUACUGACUACAUUGCCAAACAUGUUGGUCCAAUGUACACUAGUGCGCAAAUCAAAGACCUAAUUCGCAACAGAAAAAAUAUUGUUCAUCCCAAUGCGAUAGAUUUUUUCUUGCGAUACGGAUAUUCACCUCCGUUUAAGCAGGUACUGGAGUACAUUGAUUUCGACAAUGUGCUACCGCUCGAGUCGUGUCAAAAAGGAUUACUACCUGCUAACUGGGAACGUUACAUUUCACAGGUCCGCAAAAAGAGUCACACCGUUGAACGGAAGAGCGGGCGCAGUACAGGCGAAGUUAAGGACGAGUCUUGCCAGUCAUCCAGCUUCGCGCAAGAAGCCAUUUCCGAUGAUGCGAGUUUGCAAUACAAACUACGAGUAUUACUGCCGCAAGAAUCUUGUGAAUCGAAACCGGAGGAAAAUGCAUCUUCUACAUCACCGCCAUCGCUCAUCGAAACGCAUUGUGAAAGUGUGAAAAACAGUUCCGAAGAGCAGUCGCAGCGUUGUGAUGUUGUGACGAACGGCUGUGAAAUCUCGUGCAGUGUGGUGUCGGCGGAAGAGCCAAAUUCAUCGGAAAACAUGAACAAUGAUGAAUCGUGGAGUAGAUCCUUAACUUCAUCGGUGGCCAGUGUAACGGAUUGCGGCUGUGUUUGCCACGGGUUGAAGCAAAGUGUCUCACAAAUUGCUGUGCAUAUUUCGUCCGAUGGUCAUCUGUGUCGAGGUGAAACAAUAGACAGGUUUAAUCAUGGUGAUGAUAACGGUAGACUAACACUUUCUCCGGAAGCCACACGGAAUGUUUCGUUGUCGGCACGGAAUAAAGAUGUAGUCAAACACAGUGUGAACCGAUUGGCUGCAAGCGCCACCUUGUAUGUUGUCCUGAAAAGGUAUCUUAAGGAGUUAAAAGAACAAUGCAAACAGGAGCUAGCAGGCGGGAGCGUAUUCAAACCGUCGCACCCGAUUGGGAAGGUGUACUUACAUAUGGUGCAACUGGCAGUGUACGCUCGGUUUUUGGGAGGACUGCGAAAGAUGAGUGAAAAUUUAGCCGCCUAUCACCAUCGCUACAGCUCCCUCCAGCAGUACAACCCGCAGCGAUUGUCGGGACUUUUGCAGUUGUUCCACUUUCAGGAGACCGAUGGUAGCUUCGUCGUGAGCGCGCGGUACAUAUCAAGUUCAUACGAUUACUGUAGCAUGGAAGAUAAGGAUGCGCUGUUUGCGUUCAACUAUUAUGAAAAAGUAGAGGAAACUUUGCUAGCUGCCGGACGGUCCGAUCUGCUCGAACGUUUCGAGGAAGUAGUGAAAAGAUUCAACGAGCUCGAGGACAGUGCCCCGCAGCUGUACUAUACGGUGGAGGAACUAUUGGGUGAAUCGUUUCCCGAGCUGGUCGACAUGUUUCUUACCUUUCUGCUGCCAGGCCAGGCGGCCGAGGUUGGUAGAUUCUUCGAACACUUUAUCCUCACGAACAUGAAUGACUUUCUGGAAAAGUUGAACAUUUUUUUCGGCAAGCAACCAUCGCAAAUCAAAAAGGUGCACGCCUGCUUGAAUGAGCUUUCGAAUGAGCCGAACGUGACGAUUGACCAGGUUAAGUUAAAAGUAUUACCGCUGCUGAAGGGCAGUACGCUACUUACCGAAUGGUUUCUGCAGCUGUUUCCCACUGAACGGCCACCCGAGUCGCCGCUAUGUGAUUAUGAAAAUGUAACUUUGAAAAAAACACUUAACACGGAUUCCUCCGAACCCGGGAUGGUGUACGAACAGGUACCGUACGUUGAGACGGUUCCGGAAGGUGCGGAUCAUGCGCCUCCACAUAACACGAUCCGGUACAUCCAGGGGCGCAUCUAUCAGGGUACUCUUCCGGCACGGUUAACCUUUCUCGCUAACCAUUGCCUUCGGCUGAAGAACGAUCCGGGCGCAACUCCAAAUGGUAACCCGGAGUCACACAACCUCUGUGAUGAGGCAACUCUGAAAGCGCACGCUAUUCGCCUCAACCCGCUAGUGCACUGUCCGAAAGGUAUUACGUAUGCAGAUGUGGCCCAUCUGCUUUUGCCGGGAGGCAACAAGGAUGCAAUUUCGGGACCCUCUGCAUCCGAAAGUGGUAAUACAGUGGACGAAUCAAAGGGCACAAGCUCACCCAAAAAAGUACCACCAAAGCUACCGAUUAAAAAGCGUUUCAAUUCGCCCACUUCGCGCAAGAUAAGCAAUUCGCCGAAUGAUGACACCAACGCUGGUAAGGAACCGCAGGCAGCAGCGUCGAAGAAAACAUCAAACGUCUCGACAACGGUGCUUCCAGGUGAUUCGAAAGCUUUAUCGACGUCAAAAAAACUGAAAACUCUAAUCGAAACCCCAUCAUCGUCGCGUGAAGUGGAUCAACGGGAAACGGUUCCAUUAACGGCCCCACCAGUACUAUCCAAAGUGGAAGCAGCACAGGUUCCGCAUGCUUCCAACGGUCCGUGCACUUCGAAAGAACGUAUUGAACCGGAGCCACCCGACAGCCAGCCAACGACUGCACCAGAAGUGCCGAGCUGGACGCGAGAGGAAGACGAAAUCAUUUUGCUUAAAAUCAUCAAGGGUUAUACGUCGGUGGACACGUUUGUUAAGAUGAUCGAGCAGCAGCUGCCAGAGAGGACCAACGAGCAGAUUCGAAGUAGAGUUGAAUUUUUGAACGAAAUGUUGCAGCGGGUCAAUCAGAGCUGAAAGAAUGGAAAGCAAAGCUCAAUGAGCCAGUAGGUUAAGCUAAAAGUAUGAUUUUCAAUGUGUAAAAUAUAAUGUAAUUAGUGUUUGUAUAUUAUAGUCUGAUUACUCGGUAAGAAGAAAUUUGAAAUAUAAGUUCUAUUUAAAUGCCUUGUGCGCGAA